UUUUCCUUCAUUUUGGCAAUCUGGCAUCGGCAUCCUUUCAAGCUAAAUGCGUUUUGAUAAUUUCUUAAAUUUAAUAGCGCAAAAUUAUUAAAACGUUCACCAAAACCUGGAAAAAGUGGUGCAAAGUAAAAAGUACUUCAUUUUUGUGUAAAGCUUUUACGGUUUCUUAUCGAAAUGGAUCGUGAUCGCAAUCGAAGACGUGAAAGGUCCCGAUCUCGUGAACGGCGGCGCAGUAGAAGCCGCGAUCGCAAACGCUCCCGUUCCAGGUCCCCGUACCGUAAGGGACGCUCUCGCCGCAGGAAGCCUUCCCUGUACUGGGAUGUUCCGCCGCCGGGCUUCGAACACAUUACUCCGCUACAGUAUAAGGCUAUGCAGGCGGCUGGACAGAUUCCGGCAAACAUUGUAGCGGACACACCUCAGGCGGCCGUUCCGGUCGUUGGAUCGACCAUCACGCGUCAGGCUCGGCGAUUGUACGUCGGCAACAUUCCGUUCGGCGUCACCGAGGAGGAGAUGAUGGAGUUCUUCAACCAGCAGAUGCAUCUGUCCGGAUUGGCCCAGGCAGCCGGCAACCCGGUGUUGGCCUGUCAGAUAAAUCUUGACAAGAAUUUCGCUUUCCUGGAGUUCCGUUCGAUUGAUGAAACCACCCAAGCAAUGGCGUUCGAUGGCAUUAACUUCAAGGGACAGAGUUUGAAGAUUAGGAGACCGCACGAUUACCAGCCCAUGCCUGGUAUGACCGACUCCGCGGUGCCAGCCGUACCAGAAAAAUUCUCCGGUGUCAUUAGUACGGUUGUGCCAGAUUCUCCGCACAAGAUCUUCAUUGGUGGUUUGCCGAAUUAUUUGAAUGAGGAUCAGGUCAAGGAACUGCUGCUUUCCUUCGGACAGCUGAAGGCUUUCAACCUGGUCAAGGAUGCUGCGACCGGGUUGAGCAAAGGCUACGCCUUUGCCGAAUAUGUUGAAUACACCAUCACCGAUCAGGCUAUAGCAGGAUUGAACGGUAUGCAGUUGGGCGAUAAGAAGCUGAUUGUACAAAGAGCCAGCGUUGGGGCCAAGAAUGCUAACGUCGCAGCUGUUGCACCGGUUCAAAUUCAAGUCCCAGGUCUCUCGCUGGUUGGUUCAUCGGGACCACCAACGGAGGUUCUCUGUCUCUUGAACAUGGUCACACCGGACGAGCUGAAAGACGAAGAGGAAUACGAAGAUAUUCUCGAGGAUAUUAAAGAGGAAUGCAAUAAGUACGGUGUGGUCCGGAGCGUGGAGAUUCCGCGACCGAUUGAGGGUGUCGACGUGCCCGGCUGCGGUAAGGUGUUCGUUGAGUUCAACUCGAUUGUCGACUGUCAGAAAGCGCAACAAGCGCUUACCGGACGAAAGUUUAGUGACCGUGUGGUCGUUACUUCCUAUUUCGAUCCGGAUAAGUACCAUCGUCGUGAGUUCUAGUUUUAUCAUUUGUGGGGCAUUUUAAUUUUAAACAAAGUUUUGAUAAAUAGUAUCAAGGAAAAAAAAAACAAUUGUGGAACAAUGUAUCUGCUUACAAUUUCAUACAACCAUACACAAUGAUGCUAACAAACACGAAAACGUAUAAUGUUUGUUAAACGUAUUUUGAAGUAUUCAUUCAUUCAAUUUUUUAUGUUCGAUUGCUGAAGUUGUGCUCAAAUGAUUGCAUAUGACCACUUCAUUUUCAAUGUUCCCAAAUCAAGCGAUAUGACGAAACAUACCAUACUGGCACUUGUAAAACUACCGACCAAUAAUAAAAAAUAGGGGCAGUAGGGGCAAUAUGAACAUACGGGGCAAUAUGAGCCACCCUCAUUUUGAGCUUAUUGACAAGUUUUAUCAUGUAAAAGUUAUAUGAUCUUUAAGAGGAUGCUCCACAUAUGCAUCAACGUGAAAACCGCAUUAAAAUUCAAUUCAAAUAUGAAAAUAUACUUGAAAAUGUAAAUUUUCACUGCAUAUGCAAAAUUAUUAUAAGAUUUCAAGUUUAUAAAUAAGGUUUUGACACAAAAAUGAUUAAAAUACAGGUCAAAAAUACACCACAAUCAAAAGAUAUAUUAAAAUUGAAUAUUGUGCACACAUGUUUAUAUUGAUACAAAUCUGAAUUUUUCAUAAAACUUUUUUUUCCCAAAACCAGUCUCUAUGGGGCAAUAUGGGCAUACAGGCAUAGAACAAGAUACCUGGCCUUAAAAUGCGAAUAAGUUCAAAUUUCAGUAUUCAAAUACAAGAAUAUUAUCAUACAUGUAAGAUUCAUUACGGAAAAAUUACAACAGCGUAUUAUUGUGACAGAAACAGAAAAAAUGAUUAUUGACCAAUUGAAAUGUGUGGCUGGUCAAACGGUGAAGAGUGGCAAAUCAGUUCAGUCCGCUGUUGUGCAUUUUUUUCAUUUUAUUUGGUAUGGAAUACUCACAACUGUUGUAGGAAUAUCAUAUUCUUCUAUAUUACGAAACUUUUUUCGCCUAAAUAAAGGUUUUGGAAGGGUGGCCCAUACUGCCCCAAAUUGUGGCUCAUAUUGCCCCGCAUAGUCGGGAACACACAUUGAAAUCAAUACAUUUUCAAAAGUGCAUUGCAACAACUUCCAAACGCAUUUUUCGUCAUUCAUCGACGUUAAAUGAAAGGUAACAUUCUCUAGUAUAAGUCAACUACAUUUGAACGAUGCUUUUUUGAGCUUUUCAGCGCUUUUCGGAACGAUUUCCUUAGGUGGCCCAUAUUGCCCCGAUCACCCCUAUCAGAAUCAGCGUAAUAUGUAUGUACUAUUUUAAAUGAUGUUCAACGUAUAAUCUCUUCCAAUAACUAAUUUCAUUCAUCAAGAAGAGCACACGCAAAAAAAUAACAUUUCUUCUAAUAAUUUGAAUCCUAACAAACCUGAUGCUGUCCUAAUUCAAAUCAUUUGCACGUCUGUUCACUCUUAUAUUGCUGGGAUGUUUCUGAUCAUUCCACUUGAAGUGGAAAUAAAUCCCUUGAGAAGUGUUGAAUCAACCACGAACCAUUCGAUCCAUACCAAGCAACUCAAGGAGAUGAAAUUAUUCCGUGUGAUUCUUUUUUUGUGGAAAUCCAGGGCGGAAAAGCCAACACAGUAAAUAAAGGCUGAUCGAUAAAAACUUA